AUGUCUCGAUUCUUCCACGGCAGCGACAGCUCCAGCGAGAGCUCUUCCGACGACGAGGAACUUUACAUCGACGAGGAGGACGGCAAGACCAAGGCAGUAGCGGACAGUGAUGAUUCGGACAGCGACAGCGAACCGGAGGAUKACUCGGACUCCAGCAGCGACGACGAGGGUGGAAAGACGGGUGCCAGCCGUUUCUUGCGCGAAGCCAGCUCGGACGAGUCGGACAGCGACGAGGAAAAGGUUCGAGUGGCCAAGUCAGCAAAGGACAAGCGAUUUGAUGAGCUGGAGGGUACCAUAAAGUUGAUUGAAAAUGCGGAGAAGAUUAGUGACUGGCACGCCAUCAAUGAGCAAUACGACAAGAUGAACCGCCAACUGCCAACGCUGAUUCGCGUGCUGGACGGCAAGCCGCCAAAGAUGUUCAUCCGCACCAUCGCCGAACUGGAGACGCAGGUCGCCGAGGCUUUCGAAAAGCAAAAGGUCACACCCAAGAAGAUGAACCCCAUUGCGCAAAAGGGACUCAACGCGCUGCGCCAGAAGAUCAAGAAGAACAACCGUGACUAUGCCACCGAGCUCGAGACAUUCCGCAAGGAUCCCAACGAGUACAUGAAGGAGGAUGUGGUCGAGGAGGUUGUCAAGACUCCCGCUCGUCCUGUGAAGAAGGCCAUUGCCAUUGCCGCCGACGACGCGGACGAUGAUGGCUUCACCAUGGUUGGAGCAGGCGGCAAAGCUAUGGUCUAUACSCCAGAGAGCAUUCUUAAGCACCUCAGGUCGAUUGUUGAGUCGAGAGGAAGGAAGAACACCGAUCGCCUGGAGCAGAUCAAGAUCAUGGAGAGACUGCUCGAGGUGUCUGUCAAUGAUUACCAACGUGUUCGCGUGCUACAAACGCUCGUGGCUACUCGCUUUGACAUUACCUCAGGAACUGGCUCCCAGAUGACGCAAGAGCAAUGGAAGGCAGCUCAGAACGAGAUUGCCCAGCUUCUCACUGUUCUAGAGGCCAACCGCGAUCUUGUUGUGACCGAGAACGCAGAGGAGUGGGAGGACGACGAGAAAUUGCCAACAAUCACCCCUGGCGAGACCUUCAAGAUCCCUGGAAACGUCAUCUCGUUUGUCGAGCGUCUUGAUGAUGAACUCACCCGCGUCCUGCAACACGUUGACCCACACACCGCCGAGUACGUCGAGCGUCUUACUGACGAGGGUGUGCUUUACACCAACCUUGUCCGCGCCAUGAUCUACGCCGAGCGACUAAAGGCCGACCCCAAGCUGGAGGCAUCUCAGGAUAAUGUUAACCGUGUGGUCAUGCGCCGUCUCGAGCAUGUUUACUUCAAGCCAUCUCAAGUCUGCACCAUCCUCGAGGAGAACACAUGGAAGGAGAUCCCCUCGGAGAAUGAUUCCACCAUCACACCACGAACUCAGGCAAAGGAUGUUACCACACUUGUCGAGACACUUGCCACAUAUCUCUUCAAGAACGCAGAGGGAAUCAUCAAGGGACGCGCCAUGCYUUGCCAGAUCUACUUCCUCGCCCUUCACGAUCAAUACUUCAAGUCUAGGGAUAUGAUGCUCAUGUCCCAUCUCCAGGAGACCAUCGGUAGCUUCGACGUCAACACUCAGAUUCUCUACAACCGAACCCUCACCCAGGUCGGUCUUUGUGCUUUCCGUGCUGGACUCGUCUACGAGUGCCAGACUGCGCUCCAGGACAUCUGCGGCAGCCAGCGCCAAAAGGAGCUGCUCGCCCAGGGUCUUCAAAUGCAGCGCUACUCUCAAAUCACACCUGAACAGGAGCGUCUGGAGAGACAGCGACAGCUUCCGUUCCACAUGCACAUCAACCUCGAAUUGCUGGAAUGUGUAUACCUCACCUGCUCUAUGCUCCUUGAGAUCCCCACUCUGGCGCAAGCCGGCAGUUCACCAGACCUCAAGAAGCGUGUCAUCUCAAAGUCAUACCGUCGCAUGCUCGAAUACCACGAGCGACAAAUCUUCACAGGCCCACCCGAGAACACCCGCGACCACGUCAUGCAGGCAUCAAAAGCUCUUGCAGCUGGUGAGUGGAAGAAGGCCGCGGAUUUCAUCACCACCAUCAAGAUCUGGGACCUACUACCCAAGGCCACCGAGAUCAAGGAGAUGCUCGAGGGUCAGAUUCAGGAGGAGGGUCUAAGAACAUAUCUGUUCACAUAUGCUCCCUUCUACGACACCCUCAGUGUCGACAACUUGGCCCAGAUGUUCGAUCUUGAGCCUCGCAAGGUUGCGGCGAUUGUUUCCAAGAUGAUUCACCACGAAGACCUCGCAGCCGCACUCGAUCAAGUUGACAGCGCCAUCAUCUUCCGCAAGGGAGUCGAGCUUAGCAGACUGCAGAGCUUGUCCCUCACCCUCGCCGACAAGGCACAGAACCUCAUCGAAUCGAACGAGCGCGUAUUGGAGCAGCGGACACAGGGCACUGCCCACGCCUUUGAGCGACAAGGUGGUCGUGGUGGCCGUGGAGGCCGUGGUGGUGGCAGAGGAGGUGGUCGUGGUGGUCGCGGUGGUGGUCGUGUUGAGGGUGCACCGAACCGUGGUGGUGGUGCAGGUUUCACCGGCGGUGCAUUGGGUAAUGCCAUCAGGGCGCAGUAG